AUGGACUACUAUUAUGACGAUUACUACGACGAAUAUUACGAGCAGUUGGAUCAACCGAUACCUGUCCGUGAAAUCAGCCUAGAAGAAACGAUAAACAACUGUGUGCAUCCUUCGUUAAGAUUCGCUAGAGAUUACAUCUUUAAUUUCAUCGUCAGUAACCUGCUGUUCAGUAUCCUAAUACUGCUCGCUCGAAAGAUCUUUCCUUCUUCCUAUCGCUGCCUGCAUUUGUUGAGCUGUGUUUGUGGAGCGAUUUUGCUGUAUCGAGUAAUCGACCACGGUUACUAUCACUUUAUUCAGCUGGCGGUUUCCUUGCACGUGGUGCAAUGGAUAGUGCAUCACUGGUUCUCUGGCAGCGGUCGAUAUAUCAAAUCUUCAUUCAUCGUUAUCGCCUACGGUAUCGGAAAUCUCUUGGUUAGCGAGCUAUUAGAACCAUCUUCCGAAACAUGGAAUCGCAUCCGUGGUACGCAGAUGAUUUUAUUAAUGAAAGCGUUGUCGUUAGCUUUCGAUACAGAAGACAACUAUUCACUUCGGCAGCAGUUGAACACGCUUUCUUACUCUGGAUACAUAUUGUGCCCGGCAAACGUUAUCCUUGGGCCGUGGAUCUCGUUCAACGAUUACUUAAAUAUCUGGAAACCUACACCGAACAUUGAUUUGAAGCAUAACCGUUCCUCUGUACUCCGCAUAUUGAUUCACCUCUUCAGAGUAAUAUUCAGUGCGCUAAUGGCAGCCGGAUUUUUGCUGAUUUCGAACUGUAUGAUCGACUAUCUGGUAGCACCCGUUGCAACAUGGAAAUGGGUUCGAGCGUACAGUAGAGCGUUAUCAUUCCGAACGAGCCACUACUUUAUUGCAUACCUAUCGCAGUGUUGCAUGAUUUCAGCAGCAGUCGAUUGGAAUCGUGUGGAAGAAGAGAGAUCGUUCAUGCUACCUGUAAGCUCACUGUAUCGCGUGACCUCACCGAUAGCUGUGGAGUUUCCACGAUCGCUGGUGCAAGUAGUGACCGCUUGGAACAUACCGAUGCACAUCUGGCUGAAGCGCUAUAUUUUCCGAACGACCAAGCGCCCAUUCGGAAACGCAGCCGCGAUCGCAAUCACAUACAUCAUCUCAUCGCUACUACAUGGUUUGCACUAUCGUUUGUGGAUAACGCUGCUUACCAUCGGCUUGUGGACAUACGUGGAGCAUGAAAUAAGGAGAAAAAUUGCGGCCAUCUACUCGGCGUGCGUCCUCGUUGGCAAGUGUCCCGAACCGUGCAUCGUGCACCAGCACAAAAGCAAAUCACUGUUGUGCAUCAUCAUUAACACGCUCUUUUUCUUGCUAAAUAUGUUCAACCUAAUCUACCUCGGUUGCAUUUUUGAGUCGACGGAAGGUCCACCUGAGGAAAUUUCUAAUGAGAAAUCCAUUUUCGCUCGUUGGACAGAGCUGAAUUUUGCCUCCCACUGGUUACUAGGGUUUGCUUAUCUAUUUUAUGUUAUUAUAUAA